AUCUGUCGAUCUAACACGUUUCUUGGUUUUACAAAUGGAAGGAAUUCUCUACAAAUGGACGAACUACAUUACCGGCUGGCAGUCGCGAUGGUUUAAGCUGGAGACACCUGCAGGCGUUCUGUCGUAUUACCGCAAUGAGGACGAGGUCGGACAAGCGAGUCGUGGUUCUGUGAAGAUGGCGUGUUGUGAUAUUGCAGUUCAUCAAACCGAUUCUCUACGGUUGGACCUUCAUAUCCCUGGUCAACAGAGAAUGUAUCUGCGAGCACCAACGACUCAAGACAGACAGAAGUGGCUUGUUGCGUUGGGCUCUGCAAAGGCUUGCCUGCUGGACAGCAACGCAACUGGAGAAGUUGGCAUUCCUCUCAGUGUUGGUGGUUUGAAGGAAAAGAUGGCUGAACUACACAUGGUGUGUCAACUGGUUGUUAAUCAAGUUGCAGAUAUUAAAAUGUACGCAUCGAAACAGCCGGAAUGUGUUCAGUCAUUGAAUGAAUCAGUCACUUUGCUGUCUGCCACUUGUGACACUUUUCUAUUCGUACUUGCUGAUUGUAUGGAUAUGGCAGAUCAUUCAAUGACAACUAUAGAAUCACCAACUUCAGCACAUACGGACAUGACGUUCCAUCAGUUCAACAUCGCUCUACAUUCAAAACUAAAGACCAGCAGUUCAAGCCAAACACUUCACAUUCUAAAAGACAGAAUCUCUUCACGACAAGAAACAACAAGCUCCACUCCAAGUCUCACAAACUCGCCCAGCCACACCCACGACACUCCAGACAUCUCACACAAACAAAUACUAGAACGUCUGCGUGAACCUCAAACAAAGAUCGAGACGGAGACGACAACAGAGAGAACACCCACCCACACAUUGUCCGAUCAUGCCCAUGUAUCUCAGACUACCAACAACAAUCAGCCGGUUUACUACAUUCAAGCGUCACUCGAGAACCCACAGUUUCGGUCAAAUUUACUCGACAGCGAGCAGCUCGUCUGUGCCGAUCACGACACGUCACGUUCACGGCCGUCAACUCAAUCCGUGUCGGAGUUCGAGUUGCAGACGAAUGCGCAUCGCGUGGUGUCACCCGCAUUGAGCGAAUCGAGUCAGAACGACACGUUUCAGAGUGCUGGUUCGUCGCCAAUUAUCAGUCCUACGAUCAGCCACACCCACUUGGAUGAUGUCGAUGGGGCAACAGAGAAAGUGUGUGCGAGUGGUGACGAAGAGAGUGCACGACACGGUGCACAGGCUCAGCAUCCGUCGAUCGUACAAUCACAGUCGGACAUGUCUGUGAUUGUAAGGCCAUUUCGACAAUAUGAGACGUUUUUCUCGAAAGCUUCAGUCAAGUUUGAGGAUAUUGAUGGUGGUGAUGACGGUGUGCCUACGAAAUUGUUUUUGGAUGCUUGUACUGCCAUCUUGCCGUUGCUUGAUACGUUGGGAGGGACGACGUUUGCUCCUGUUAAGAUGGACAUCAAUGGGAAUAUUACGAAAUUGAUGAAGAAGUUUGAGAGUAAUCCUCAACAACACACCAGCCUUCAAGCAAUGAUCAACAUUGAAAUAUCAUCAAAAACAUGUGCAGCCAAGAAUUCAGCAGCCGACGCUCUACUAUGGCUCAAAAGAGCUCUUGAGUUUAUUCACGUUUUUCUCGUUGAAGUCUCAAGAGGUCAACAGGAUCUCACUGUGGCAGCAGGAAAUGCUUACGAGCAAACCCUUCGACAACAUCACAACUGGAUAGUGCGAGGAGUCUUUGCACUAGCAGUCAAGACUGUACCCUACAGGUCGACGCUGAUGAAAGCAUUGGGACAGCAAGAAGGCACUGGCGAAGAGCAAGUACUGGAGGACAUGCGCACAAUGUUGCAGGGCCUGCAACGGAUUCUUUUCUCACUAAAAUCGUUUUACGGCAAACACAAUUUAGAUGCAAGUGCAGUCGCAUAGCUCACAUCAAUUAAUAGAACAAUUUAUGUAUUAGUAAUUAAUUAAUUAAAGGCAAUGGCAUAGGUG